AGGGUGUGGGGCGCCAGGCCAGGCUAUUGAUCCAGGCAUCCCCGGUUCUGCCCGCAGUGACCACAGCCCUCCAGGAGCCUGCUGCCCAGCCUCCCCAAGAGGGAAGUGGAGUUGGCCGGGCCCCUGGGCGCGCCAUGCGCAGCACCACACUACUGGCACUGCUGGCGCUGGUCCUGCUCUAUUUGGUGUCCGGUGCCCUGGUGUUCCAGGCCCUGGAGCAGCCUCACGAGCAGCAGGCCCAGAGGGAGCUGGGGGAGGUCCGAGAGAAGUUCCUGAGGGCCCAUCCAUGUGUGAGCGACCAGGACCUAGGGCUCUUCAUCCAGGAAGUGGCCGAUGCCCUGGGAGGGGGUGCGAACCCUGAAAUCAACUCAACCAGUCACAGCAACUACUCAGCCUGGGACCUGGGCAGUGCCUUCUUUUUUUCAGGCACCAUCAUCACCACCAUCGGCUACGGCAAUGCGGCCCUGCGAACAGAUGCUGGGCGCCUCUUCUGCAUCUUUUAUGCACUGGUGGGGAUCCCGCUGUUCGGGAUGCUGCUGGCAGGGGUCGGGGACCGGCUGGGCUCCUCCCUGCGCCGCGGCAUCGGUCACAUAGAAGCCAUCUUCCUGAAGUGGCACGUGCCCAAGGAGCUGGUGCGAAUUCUGUCAGCGGUGCUCUUCCUGCUGAUUGGCUGCCUGCUCUUUGUCCUCACCCCCACGUUCGUGUUCUGCUACGUGGAGGGCUGGAGCAAGCUGGAGGCCAUCUACUUCGUCGUCGUGACGCUCACCACGGUGGGGUUCGGGGAUUAUGUGGCCGGCGCCAGCACCAGCCAGAACUCUGCAGUCUAUCAGCCGCUGGUGUGGUUCUGGAUUCUGUUUGGCCUGGCCUACUUCGCUUCGGUGCUCACCACCAUAGGGAACUGGCUGCGAGCAGUGUCCCGCCGCACCCGGGCAGAGAUGGGCGGCUUCACGGCGCAGGCGGCCAGCUGGACCGGCACAGUGACGGCGCGGGUGACCCAGCGAGGCGGCCCCGCCGCACCGCUGCCACCGGAGAAAGAGAAGCCGCUCUUGCCUCCACCGCCGUGCACAGCGCAGCCGGCCGGCGGGCCCGCAUCCCCUGCGCCCCCCGAGAAGGCCGAGCCGCCCUCCCCGCCCACGGCCUCCGCGCUGGAUUACCCCAGCGAGAAUCUGGCCUUCAUCGAUGAGUCCUCGGACACGCAGAGCGAGCGCGGCUGCGCGCUGCCCCUCCCGCCACGGGGUCGCCGCCGCCCCCACAACCCCGCCAGGAAGCCCCCGCGACCCCGGGGCCCCGGAAGCCCGCGGGACAAAAACGUGCCCGUGUAGGGGCAGGACCCACGGCCCAGACCUCUCAAAGGGCUUCGUUCUUGCUCUCUCCCCAGCAUGCUUUGCUUGUUUGACCAAAGAACCUUUUUUCCCCCCGGCCGGACUGAAGCCUGGGGAGCAGGCUAGGUUGCUUGCUUGCCACCGCGGCUCCUGGCCCCCUCCUCACGUCAUCCAUUUCCAGACCCCCUUUCUGUCUCGCGGUCCCGGCUGGGGCUGUCCCGGCUGGGCCUGUCCCUCACAACACCUCACAACUGUGCCUCAAAGCCUGCGUCAAUAAACGGAAAAGUCUGCACCGCCGCGGACCUACACGCUCCGAGGACGCGAGUGGGGUGGGGGGUGCUUGCUUCGGGCCACCUCCAGGCAAGUCAGGCCUCGCGUAACGCCCCCUGCACCCGCGGCGGUUCGGUCAAGGCCGGUGCUCUCGACUGUGAUCCGCCCCGCGCCUCUGCUUGGAGGCUACUAGGCAGGGUCCGGCGGAGGAAUCUGCCAGGAUGGGCGGCGAGUCUCCCACCCCAGCACAGCUAUUACGGGGGGCGGGGCGGGGUGGGGUGGGCAGGGGAGAAAUAAUGGUUUCCACUGUAGAGGGAUGUAGCGUGCACUCGUCCUGCACGAGACGUUCCUCGCCCUUCCGGAAAGGGACCCCGCCCCUCCCCCUUCCUGGAGCGCGACCCGUCUCCCUUGUCCGAGGCCUGUGGCGACUGGGUCCGUUGGGGCAGAAUCAUGGAGGAAAAUCCUCUCAAAGUAAGAACUCUACCUGGGCCCCUCGCCUUGCAGGGCCCCUCGCCCUGCCAGGCCCCAGACUCGUUCAGUCCCUGGCUAUCCUCAUUCACCCUCCGGGCAGCUUGCUGCCCAUCAGUCCCCACGGCCUUGCCCCAGCCUGCUCUUCCUCCCCUCCCCUCCCCCGACACCCCAUCACCCUGGCUCUGGGCCUUUCUUGGCUUUUUUCCUAGGGCCCUUUAAAAAAUUUAACCUAUUGGGGUGACACUGGUUAAUAAAAUUAUAUAUAUUUUAGGUGUACAAUUCUAUAACACAUCAUCU